CUGCCCCGCAGCCCCCGAGAUCCGGACGGGGUACGCGGCACCGAGCGGUCUUUGCAGCCCCGGGCGCCGGCCGGGGCGAGCCAGCGCCUCUGCACGCGGGACAGGUCGGGGCGGAAUGUAGGGCGCCGAGAGCGGGGGCCGCGGGAGCGGUGGAGGAGCGCGGAGGGCGCGCCGAGGAUGGAGAGAGCGAUGGAGCAGCUCAACCGCCUGACCCGCUCGCUACGCCGCGCUCGCACCGUGGAGCUGCCCGACGAUAAUGAAACUGCUGUUUAUACAUUAAUGCCAAUGGUUAUGGCUGAUCAACACAGGUCUGUUUCUGAACUACUAUCAAAUUCAAAGUUUGAUGUUAAUUAUGCCUUUGGACGUGUGAAAAGAAGCUUGCUUCACAUUGCAGCAAAUUGUGGAUCUGUGGAGUGCUUGGUUCUGCUAUUAAAGAAAGGAGCAAAUCCUAACUAUCAGGAUAUUUCAGGCUGUACACCACUUCAUUUGGCAGCUAGAAAUGGGCAGAAGAAAUGCAUGAGUAAAUUAUUAGAAUACAGUGCUGAUGUCAACAUUUGUAAUAAUGAAGGCCUUACAGCAAUACACUGGCUGGCUGUGAAUGGGCGGACAGAACUACUCCAUGACCUUGUACAACAUGUCAGUGACGUCGAUGUUGAGGACGCAAUGGGGCAGACAGCGCUGCAUGUGGCCUGCCAGAAUGGUCACAAGACGACAGUGCAAUGCUUGCUAGACAGUGGUGCUGAUAUUAACAGGCCAAAUGUAUCAGGAGCUACUCCAUUGUACUUUGCUUGCAGUCAUGGUCAGAGGGACACAGCACAGAUACUUUUAUUACGAGGAGCCAAAUAUCUGCCAGAUAAAAAUGGAGUAACCCCUCUGGAUUUGUGUGUACAGGGUGGAUAUGGAGAGACCUGUGAAGUAUUAAUUCAAUAUCACCCUAGGCUUUUCCAGACAAUUAUUCAAAUGACACAGAAUGAAGAUCUCCGGGAAAACAUGUUACGGCAAGUUCUAGAACAUUUGUCUCAGCAAAGUGAAAGCCAGUACCUAAAGAUUUUAACAAGCCUUGCUGAAGUUGCCACAACAAAUGGUCAUAAACUGCUUAGCCUGUCUAGUAAUUAUGAUGCUCAAAUGAAGAGCCUUUUAAGGAUUGUGAGGAUAUUUUGUCAUGUCUUUCGAAUUGGUCCAUCCUCUCCCAGUAAUGGAAUCGAUAUGGGCUACAACGGGAAUAAAACUCCAAGAAGCCAGGUGUUCAAGCCUCUCGAAUUGCUUUGGCACUCAUUAGAUGAAUGGCUAGUUUUAAUAGCUACAGAACUGAUGAAAAACAAAAAAGACUCAACGGAUAUCACUUCUAUUUUACUAAAACAAAAAGGCCAAGAUCAAGAUGGUACUUCCAUUCCUCCAUUUGAACCUCCAGGACCUGGGAGCUAUGAAAAUCUAUCCACUGGCACCAGGGAAUCUAAACCAGAUGCUCUAGGAGGGAAACAGGAAGCCAGUGCAGACUGUCAGGAUGUUAUUUCUAUGACAGCUAACCGGCUAAGUGCUGUCAUUCAAGCUUUUUACAUGUGCUGUUCUUGUCAGAUGCCUCCAGGAAUGACUUCACCUCGUUUCAUUGAAUUUGUCUGCAAACACGAUGAAGUCUUAAAAUGCUUUGUUAACAGAAAUCCCAAAAUUAUAUUUGACCACUUUCACUUCCUUCUUGAAUGUCCUGAGUUGAUGUCAAGAUUCAUGCAUAUCAUAAAAGCACAGCCAUUUAAAGAUCGCUGUGAAUGGUUCUAUGAACACCUGCAUUCAGGACAAGCAGAUUCAGACAUGGUGCACAGGCCGGUGAAUGAAAACGACAUCCUGCUGGUUCACAGAGAUUCUAUUUUUAGGAGUAGCUGUGAAGUUGUGUCAAAAGCAAAUUGUGCAAAGCUAAAGCAAGGCAUAGCUGUACGGUUCCAUGGAGAAGAAGGCAUGGGUCAAGGUGUUGUGCGUGAGUGGUUUGAUAUUCUGUCUAAUGAGAUAGUCAAUCCGGAUUAUGCAUUGUUUACCCAGUCAGCUGAUGGAACAACUUUUCAGCCUAAUAGCAACUCCUAUGUAAAUCCUGAUCACCUGAACUAUUUUCGGUUUGCUGGACAGAUCUUGGGAUUAGCUUUGAACCAUAGGCAGCUGGUCAACAUUUACUUCACAAGAUCAUUCUACAAGCACAUUCUUGGUAUUCCUGUAAAUUACCAAGAUGUGGCAUCUAUCGAUCCAGAAUAUGCCAAAAAUUUGCAGUGGAUUUUAGAUAAUGAUAUUAGUGAUCUGGGUUUAGAACUAACUUUUUCUGUUGAGACUGAUGUAUUUGGAGCAAUGGAGGAGGUGCCUUUGAAGCCUGGGGGUGGAAGUAUUCUGGUGACACAAAAUAACAAAGAGGAGUAUGUCCAGCUUGUUACUGAACUUCGAAUGACAAGAGCCAUUCAGCCUCAGAUCAAUGCUUUUCUACAGGGCUUUCAUAUGUUCAUCCCACCUUCCCUCAUCCAACUGUUUGAUGAAUUUGAGUUGGAGCUACUGCUCUCUGGCAUGCCAGAAAUUGAUGUGAGUGAUUGGAUAAAAAAUACAGAAUACACAAGUGGCUAUGAGAGACAAGAUCCAGUUAUUCAGUGGUUCUGGGAAGUUGUGGAAGAUAUUACUCCAGAGGAGAGAGUUCUUCUCCUGCAGUUUGUUACUGGCAGUUCCAGGGUCCCACAUGGUGGAUUUGCUAAUAUCAUGGGUGGAAGUGGGUUGCAAAACUUUACCAUCGCUGCUGUGCCAUAUACUCCGAAUCUUCUGCCAACUUCAAGCACAUGCAUCAACAUGCUCAAGUUACCUGAAUACCCAAGUAAAGAAAUACUCAAGGACAGACUUCUUGUGGCACUACAUUGUGGCAGCUAUGGUUACACAAUGGCAUAAUGAAGUUCGGAAAGUUCAUCUGACGACUGGUGCGCACAGUUCAGAGUGGCAGAAGUAAUUUUGGAAACUGUCAACAGAAGAGCAUCCCAAACACGUCCCAUAGGCAGGACUGAUGUUUAAAAUUCAAGGAUCAGGUUUUCUCCCCCACCCCUUUUCCCUUUUGUUUUCUCAGAUCUUAGAAAAUAUAAAAUCACAGUAGUCUUCAUUUAAAGAAAGCUAAUUGAAAGGAAUAGAAACUGUCCUUAUUGUUAUUUCUUGAAUCUUAUCCAAGAUUGUUUUCUACAUUCCACCUCUGCUGUGUCACUGUCUUGUUAAAAGGGUGUUUUCUCUUUACUUUUCUGUAUAUUAAAAUAUAUUGGGACAUCCAACCUGGUAUGUUCUAUUGCAUGUAAAGUGCCGUUUAUAUUUUGGAAAACUAUUGUAUAGAAUGGAUUAAUUGAGAUUGUAUAAA